AUGAUCUUUAGAAAUCUUUUAGCAGGAUUAAUUUUUUUAUCUUUUGGGUUAUCUUUAGAGAUAACUAAAGAUCAAAUUACGAGGGGGGGAAUAGAUCUUAAUAUUGGGGACAUCACCAUAUCCCCUGGAGUGUACUGGUCUAUUAUAGAUAAUGCCGUUUCGGCAUUUUCAGGCAAUCUAAAGGUUGGAACUGGAGGUGGACUUUAUAUAAGUAGUACUUCAAACUUAAUUGCAUUGCAGGUAACGCUACUUUCCGGUCUUGGAUCCGUUAUUAAUAACGGAAUAGUUUCAUUUAAUUCAGUUAAAUCAUUAACAACAUCUGACUAUAAUAUUAUUGGCCUCUCGUUUACAAAUAAUGGGAAGUUCUAUAUGGGUAGCAAUGGUGCUAUAGGACUCACUCCUGCUACCAUGUCAAUCACGAGUCCAUCAUUUGAUAAUGAAGGAUUAAUGGUAUUUUACCAAACACAAAGAACUUCAGGUAACGUAUUUCUUGGGGCACCUCUCGGUUCUAUUACAAACAAUGGUCAGAUUUGCUUAUACAAUCAAGUUUACCAACAAACCACCACGAUUCAAGGUACAGGAUGUAUCACCGCCAGCAAUAAUUCAGCCAUAUAUCUUGCGAAUACAGCAUUGAGUAGCUCUGGCCAGACCUUUUAUCUACAAGAUAGAGGAUCAAGCAUACAGGCACAAGCACUUGCACUACCUUCUACUUACAAUGUAAGAGGAUUUGGUAAUGGAAAUAAAAUAGGAUUGUCUCUUCCACUUAUUGCAAUACCAUUUAUUGGAAAAUCAUUUAGUUACAACGCACAAAGUGGAAUUUUGACACUUAGUGCUGGCGGAGUAUUGCAGCAAAGAUUUAAUAUUGGCACUGGGUAUAAUCCUAACCUUUUCUCUGUGGUAACUGAUAAUUCAUCAGGACUAGUUGCGGUUACACAUGGUUCAGUUUCAUAUUCUGGACCUGUACCAAAUCCUGGUUUACCACCUCAAUGUAUUCCAUGUGAAGAUUUGCCAGAGGCUCCAGGUACUGUUCCAUUUGAAUAUAAUACCACCUUAACCACAUUAAUUGCAAGUGUUACAUGUUCAGCAAUUGCAAAUGUUCUAAUUACAACUAAUUCAAAAGGCGAAUGGUACAAUACUACAUCAAUAUUAACCGAGUACUGCCCUCUGACAUCUCUAAAUUUAGUAUCCAGUACGAGAAUUCAAGAGAACUCACAAAUAUCUAACAUUAUUUCAUCACUGACUGCCUUUAACUCAAUUUCCCUUCCUGAAUCGAUACCUGUACUAUCGAUUACUUCUUCAGAUGUUAGUGAAUCAGGGGUCAAUGAAGAUUCCACAAGCUCGACAUCCCUGUCUGAAUCUGCUGCUGGAGCAUCGAUUAGUUCUUCGGAUAUUAGUGAAUCAGAGGUUGAUGGAGAUUCCAUAAGCUCGACAACCCUGUCUGAAUCUGCUGCUGGAGCUUCGAUUAGUUCUUCAGAAAUCAGUGCAAGUAGUGAAACAGAGGCCGAUGGAGAUUCCACAAGCUCGACAACCCUGUCUGAAUCUGCUGCUGGAGCUUCGAUUAGUUCUUCAGAAAUCAGUGCAAGUAGUGAAUCAGAGGCCGAUGGAGAUUCCACAAGCUCGACAUCCCUGUCUGAAUCUGCUGCUGGAGCUUCGAUUAGUUCUUCAGAAAUCAGUGCAAGUAGUGAAACAGAGGCCGAUGGAGAUUCCACAAGUUCGACAACCCUGUCUGAAUCUGCUGCUGGAGUAUCAAUUCGUGCUUCAGAAAUCAGUGCAAGUAGUGAAUCAGAGGUCAAUGGAGAUUCCACAAGCUCGACAUCACUGUCUGAAUCUGUUGCUGGAGCUUCGAUUAGUUCUUCGGAUAUUAGUGAAUCAGAGGCCGAUGGAGAUUCCACAAGCUCGACAUCCCUGUCUGAAUCUGCUGCUGGAGCUUCGAUUAGUUCUUCAGAAAUCAGUGCAAGUAGUGAAACAGAGGCCGAUGGAGAUUCCACAAGCUCGACAACCCUGUCUGAAUCUGUUGCUGGAGCUUCGAUUAGUUCUUCGGAUAUUAGUGAAUCAGAGGUUGAUGGAGAUUCCACAAGCUCGACAACCCUGUCUGAAUCUGCUGCUGGAGUAUCAAUUCGUGCUUCAGAAAUCAGUGCAAGUAGUGAAUCAGAGGUCAAUGGAGAUUCCACAAGCUCGACAUCACUGUCUGAAUCUGUUGCUGGAGCUUCGAUUCGUGCUUCAGAAAUCAGUGCAAGUAGUGAAACAGAGGCCGAUGGAGAUUCCACAAGCUCGACAACCCUGUCUGAAUCUGCUGCUGGAGUAUCAAUUCGUGCUUCAGAAAUCAGUGCAAGUAGUGAAACAGAGGCCGAUGGAGAUUCCACAAGCUCGACAACCCUGUCUGAAUCUGUUGCUGGAGCUUCGAUUAGUUCUUCGGAUAUUAGUGAAUCAGAGGUUGAUGGAGAUUCCACAAGCUCGACAUCCCUGUCUGAAUCUGCUGCUGGAGUAUCAAUUCGUGCUUCAGAAAUCAGUGCAAGUAGUGAAACAGAGGCCGAUGGAGAUUCCACAAGCUCGACAUCACUGUCUGAAUCUGUUGCUGGAGCUUCGAUUAGUUCUUCGGAUAUUAGUGAAUCAGAGGCCGAUGGAGAUUCCACAAGCUCGACAUCCCUGUCUGAAUCUGCUGCUGGAGCUUCGAUUAGUUCUUCAGAAAUCAGUGCAAGUAGUGAAACAGAGGCCGAUGGAGAUUCCACAAGCUCGACAACCCUGUCUGAAUCUGUUGCUGGAGCUUCGAUUAGUUCUUCGGAUAUUAGUGAAUCAGAGGUUGAUGGAGAUUCCACAAGCUCGACAACCCUGUCUGAAUCUGCUGCUGGAGUAUCAAUUCGUGCUUCAGAAAUCAGUGCAAGUAGUGAAUCAGAGGCCGAUGGAGAUUCCACAAGCUCGACAACCCUGUCUGAAUCUGCUGCUGGAGUAUCAAUUCGUGCUUCAGAAAUCAGUGCAAGUAGUGAAUCAGAGGUUGAUGGAGAUUCCACAAGCUCGACAACCCUGUCUGAAUCUGCUGCUGGAGUAUCAAUUCGUGCUUCAGAAAUCAGUGCAAGUAGUGAAACAGAGGCCGAUGGAGAUUCCACAAGCUCGACAUCCCUGUCUGAAUCUGCUGCUGGAGCAUCGAUUAGUUCUUCGGAUAUUAGUGAAUCAGAGGUUGAUGGAGAUUCCACAAGCUCGACAACCCUGUCUGAAUCUGCUGCUGGAGCAUCGAUUAGUUCUUCAGAAAUCAGUGCAAGUAGUGAAACAGAGGCCGAUGGAGAUUCCACAAGCUCGACAACCCUGUCUGAAUCUGUUGCUGGAGCUUCGAUUAGUUCUUCGGAUAUUAGUGAAUCAGAGGUUGAUGGAGAUUCCACAAGCUCGACAACCCUGUCUGAAUCUGCUGCUGGAGCUUCGAUUAGUUCUUCAGAAAUCAGUGCAAGUAGUGAAUCAGAGGCCGAUGGAGAUUCCACAAGUUCGACAACCCUGUCUGAAUCUGCUGCUGGAGCAUCAAUUCGUGCUUCAGAAAUCAGUGCAAGUAGUGAAACAGAGGCCGAUGGAGAUUCCACAAGCUCGACAACCCUGUCUGAAUCUGCUGCUGGAGUAUCAAUUCGUGCUUCAGAAAUCAGUGCAAGUAGUGAAACAGAGGCCGAUGGAGAUUCCACAAGCUCGACAACCCUGUCUGAAUCUGUUGCUGGAGCUUCGAUUAGUUCUUCGGAUAUUAGUGAAUCAGAGGUUGAUGGAGAUUCCACAAGCUCGACAACCCUGUCUGAAUCUGCUGCUGGAGUAUCAAUUCGUGCUUCAGAAACCAGUGCAAGUAGUGAAACAGAGGCCGAUGGAGAUUCCACAAGCUCGACAUCACUGUCUGAAUCUGUUGCUGGAGCUUCGAUUAGUUCUUCGGAUAUUAGUGAAUCAGAGGCCGAUGGAGAUUCCACAAGCUCGACAUCCCUGUCUGAAUCUGCUGCUGGAGCUUCGAUUAGUUCUUCAGAAAUCAGUGCAAGUAGUGAAACAGAGGCCGAUGGAGAUUCCACAAGCUCGACAACCCUGUCUGAAUCUGUUGCUGGAGCUUCGAUUAGUUCUUCGGAUAUUAGUGAAUCAGAGGUUGAUGGAGAUUCCACAAGCUCGACAACCCUGUCUGAAUCUGCUGCUGGAGCUUCGAUUAGUUCUUCAGAAAUCAGUGCAAGUAGUGAAUCAGAGGCCGAUGGAGAUUCCACAAGUUCGACAACCCUGUCUGAAUCUGCUGCUGGAGCUUCGAUUAGUUCUUCGGAUAUUAGUGAAUCAGAGGUUGAUGGAGAUUCCACAAGCUCGACAACCCUGUCUGAAUCUGCUGCUGGAGCUUCGAUUAGUUCUUCAGAAAUCAGUGCAAGUAGUGAAUCAGAGGCCGAUGGAGAUUCCACAAGUUCGACAACCCUGUCUGAAUCUGCUGCUGGAGCAUCAAUUCGUGCUUCAGAAAUCAGUGCAAGUAGUGAAACAGAGGCCGAUGGAGAUUCCACAAGCUCGACAACCCUGUCUGAAUCUGCUGCUGGAGUAUCAAUUCGUGCUUCAGAAAUCAGUGCAAGUAGUGAAACAGAGGCCGAUGGAGAUUCCACAAGCUCGACAUCCCUGUCUGAAUCUGUUGCUGGAGCUUCGAUUAGUUCUUCGGAUAUUAGUGAAUCAGAGGUUGAUGGAGAUUCCACAAGCUCGACAACCCUGUCUGAAUCUGCUGCUGGAGCAUCGAUUAGUUCUUCAGAAAUCAGUGCAAGUAGUGAAACAGAGGCCGAUGGAGAUUCCACAAGCUCGACAUCCCUGUCUGAAUCUGCUGCUGGAGCAUCGAUUAGUUCUUCAGAAAUCAGUGCAAGUAGUGAAACAGAGGCCGAUGGAGAUUCCACAAGCUCGACAACCCUGUCUGAAUCUGUUGCUGGAGCUUCGAUUAGUUCUUCGGAUAUUAGUGAAUCAGAGGUUGAUGGAGAUUCCACAAGCUCGACAACCCUGUCUGAAUCUGCUGCUGGAGUAUCAAUUCGUGCUUCAGAAAUCAGUGCAAGUAGUGAAUCAGAGGUCAAUGGAGAUUCCACAAGCUCGACAUCACUGUCUGAAUCUGUUGCUGGAGCUUCGAUUAGUUCUUCGGAUAUUAGCGAAUCAGAGGCCGAUGGAGAUUCCACAAGCUCGACAUCCCUGUCUGAAUCUGCUGCUGGAGCUUCGAUUAGUUCUUCAGAAAUCAGUGCAAGUAGUGAAACAGAGGCCGAUGGAGAUUCCACAAGCUCGACAUCCCUGUCUGAAUCUGCUGCUGGAGCAUCGAUUAGUUCUUCGGAUAUUAGUGAAUCAGAGGUUGAUGGAGAUUCCACAAGCUCGACAACCCUGUCUGAAUCUGCUGCUGGAGCAUCGAUUAGUUCUUCAGAAAUCAGUGCAAGUAGUGAAACAGAGGCCGAUGGAGAUUCCACAAGCUCGACAUCCCUGUCUGAAUCUGCUGCUGGAGCUUCGAUUAGUUCUUCAGAAAUCAGUGCAAGUAGUGAAACAGAGGCCGAUGGAGAUUCCACAAGCUCGACAACCCUGUCUGAAUCUGUUGCUGGAGCUUCGAUUAGUUCUUCGGAUAUUAGUGAAUCAGAGGUUGAUGGAGAUUCCACAAGCUCGACAACCCUGUCUGAAUCUGCUGCUGGAGUAUCAAUUCGUGCUUCAGAAAUCAGUGCAAGUAGUGAAUCAGAGGUCAAUGGAGAUUCCACAAGCUCGACAUCCCUGUCUGAAUCUGCUGCUGGAGUAUCAAUUCGUGCUUCAGAAAUCAGUGCAAGUAGUGAAUCAGAGGCCGAUGGAGAUUCCACAAGCUCGACAACCCUGUCUGAAUCUGUGGAUGGAGUAUCGAUUAGUUCUUCGGAUAUUGGUGAAUCAGAGGCCGGUGGGGAUUUCGCUAGUUUUCGAAAUGUGGGUGAGGUUGUGGCAGGCAAAUCGAUUUUUAUUACAUUACUUGUCGAACUGACGGAGUCAAGUUAUAAAAGUAUGGCCUCAUCGAUUUGUAUUACAGAUUUAUCUACUACGGAGGAGUUUAUGGAUGGGCAAACGGAAAUUGGAGAGGUACCAUCAAAUAAUACAGAUAAUGGGGAGGCUAACACUUUGGAGGUGUUUGACGAAGAUAGUUCAAGACUUAAAUCAAGUUUUCUGUCUGGGAAUAGUUCAGUAGCUUCUGGUGAUGGCAUUCAUGGAUUUGUAAAUGAUUCUAACGAUGUACUGGUUUCUUUUUUGAAAUAUUUGGUGGUCACUUUUAUUGCUUUAUGCAUCAUUUAG